GGACGCCGUAAGUGAGCCGGGAUUUUGGAUACAGACAAUUAAACCCAACAGGAGGAUUGUUCCAUCAGCUGCAGCUCCAGGUGGGUCGUCGGUGCUUUAUUAUUCAUAAGUGGAUGUGAGGGAAGUGAUAAAACAACCCCAACAAAUAACUGGAAAUGACCCGAUUUAAAUGUGUCAACGCCGGUGGGUCGGUUCCACAGCGAGCCCCUGGUGACUGGUUCUGGUUCUGCUCAUGGUGGGUCGCAGCUGUUGGACCCGUGUUUCACUUAAGAUGUUAAAGCGACACUGGUGUGGGAACGUGUUUUACAUUGGCAAAGAAUAAAUACAUGUGUGUAGAAAUACAAACUCCUGUUUGCCUUAAUUGGACAAUAAGUGAACAUUGGUCCCGUAACUCUUUGGCUUCUCCACACACACUAUAAUGAACUGUAGUUUGGUGUAUGUGUGUUUUGUGGGUAUGGCUGGUUAAUGUUUUACUUCUGAUCCUGUAUCUAUACAUCAAUAAGUCUGCUUCAGUGAUUGGGAUCCUAACCGCCCACAGGAGGAUCGUUAUCUUUUGUCCACUGUGGGAGUUGACCUGUGGGAGUUGACCUUCCAGGUGAGCGCGAGGGUGUGCCGUGGGAGGGUCGGCCUUUACACCAGGAGCUCCGUGUCUUGUCUGAAAAUGGAAUUCGACAACAUAAAGUCCUCGGCCGCACUCAUUUAUGACGAGUUCAUCCAAAAUGCAGACGGACGGACGGCGAGCUGGUUCCUCAUGUCGUCUCCGCUCCCCCAAACCCUCGUCAUCGUGGUGUACAUUUACUUCGUCCAAUCUCUGGGGCCUCGGGUCAUGGAGAACCGCAAAGCCUUUGACCUCAAGGGAGUCCUCGUCGUCUACAACUUCGGCGUGGUGGCGCUCUCGCUCUACAUGUGCUACGAGUUUGUGAUGUCAGGAUGGGGAACCGGAUACUCUUUCCGCUGUGACCCGGUCGACUACUCCGAUUCGGCUCAGGGUGUGAGGAUGGCGGCAACGUGUUGGCUCUACUACUUCUCAAAGUUCAUAGAGAUGUUGGAUACGAUCUUCUUUGUGCUGCGGAAAAAGAAUAGCCAGGUGACGUUCCUUCACGUCUACCAUCACUCCAUCAUGCCCUUCACCUGGUGGUUUGGGGUUCGUUUUUCUGCAGGCGGCAUGGGGACAUUUCACGCCCUGCUCAACUGCAUCGUCCACGUUGUCAUGUACACGUACUACGGCCUGACUGCUCUGGGCCCCAAAUACCAGAAGUACCUGUGGUGGAAGAAGUACCUGACGACCAUUCAGCUGAUCCAGUUUGCUAUUGUGACCAGCCACAUCUCCCAGUAUUUCUUCCUGAAGGACUGCACCUACCAGUUCCCAAUCUUUGUCGCCAUCAUCGGAGCAUACGGCCUUAUUUUCUUGUUCCUCUUCCUCAACUUCUGGUACCACGCCUACACCAAGGGCAAGCGGCUGCCCAAAGUACUGCAGAAUCAGAAGUGGGAACACCACAGCAACGGACUUAUGAAUGGAAGCGACAGCCACGACAAAGAGGAGUGACGCAGGUCUCUGCUCGUUGGGGCGGGGCGCCGGGGAGUUUCACCGCCAUUCAUGAAAAGCCAAAUCUAUCUGAGAUUCAACUCCAAUUGGUUGGGACUGUAUUUUCUACUCGCAACUGCAAAAGACAAUCUUUGCAUUUUUGAACGAAGCUAUAUUCAAGAAGUCGGGCGACUCAAGGUGAAGAGUUGUAUUGGGUUUAAAAUGAAGGUAAAACCCAAGUUCUGCUAUGGAGGUACCCAGAUAUCCAGCCUUUCAACUACAGUAUGGUUUAAAAAUAUUUCAAAAAAGUCCACUCUGUUAUUCACACUGACGAUGGGGCUUCACCUCCGGUAGGACUGUGGGACCCUCGGCUUUACAGUGAAACGGGGCGUCCUCAAAAGGUUCUCAUGCCGAGAUCAUCAGAACUUCUGUGACUUGAUCUUACUUCUAAGAACUUUUUUAGGAAACCCAGUGAAGGGUUUUUAAAGUUGUGCACUGAAAAGUUUAUUUCACUUGGCCCCAAAAAAAAAAAAAUGACAUUGACAAUUCAGUUGAUUUUUUUUUUUUUUUUUAAAGGGUGUUCAAGCUCCACUAGUUCUGCUCCGGUCGUCGUCGUCGUCCAAUGGUUACAUGCAUGCAGAACAUGGUGUUUUUAUUAUUCCAUUUUCUUAGUUUCUAUGACACAUGCACGCCCACUUUGGUUGAGUCACAGCUGCUGCUGAUGGUGCAGACACUCAGUGAAAACAGCCAUCUUUAAACGGUGGCAUCAACUUCUUCUCCUAUGAUGCUAUGACGUGACAGAUGCCAGAGGAAGGUUGACCUUUGGGGUCGUGUAGGACCAAGAGCGGGAGCUUGUUUUACUACGGCCUUAUUGCAAAUUAACACCAUUACAGGAACGCAAUAUGCACAAUUGCAUGGAUUCACUAUUGCGCAACUCAGACAAAACGUGAGCAGCCUUGCAUGCCUGCUUUUUUAUUUUCAAAAAAGUAUUUUUCUUCAUUGUGGCUAACGAGGUCUUCAGGUGGCCGGAGUCGAGUAGUUUUAUAUCGAUUAUGAUGACCCUUAAACUGAUGAGUGACUCACUUUUUGUAGGUUUUUUUCCUCGGGUCCAAAUCCAAGUUGACACUAAAUAUGCAAAGUUAUACAUUGCAUACAAAUGGGGGAGGUGCUUGUUAUAGCAAUAGUAGUUAGGCUACUGUAAUAAAUUAUGUGAAGUGAGAUGUUUAUAUUGUAUUUUAUAUGUAUUUAUAUGAAAAUAAAUGAUCAAUAUGCUUGUAAUGUU